CUUGGGCAAGCCUUGGGUUGGUAGUAUGCAAGGGUAGUAAGAUAUAAUAAGGGGGGUACCUACCUGCCGCCGUGGUUAUAAACGUUAUAAAGUUCGUGGAUUGAUCAAUGGCGUGCCAUUCAGGAGUCGGGUGCAACGAAAGAAGAGCAUUUGCUCAAAAAUUAGCAAAACACGAUGCUGUGGAGAUGCGCCGCCAGGUGGCGUCGGCUGCCGGCUCCACGGCGUCCUUCAGUUCGACACGGGAUGCGUGCACCAUCGCCGGCGUGACCAGCUCCGCGGCCACACCGGUCUGCAGCGCAGAGCUGACGGAGCCUGUCGACUUUGAGGAGUUUCUCGAGUCGCACCAGCUGGAGCUGGCCUCUGACGAGCUGCGCGACCUGCUGGACGCGCCUCCCGAUGACAUCGACGUGGGCCUGGUGCAGCGCCGCUACCGGACCGUGCGGCCGCUGGCGCCCGACAAGCACGAGAUCGGGUCGCUGGAUGUACACGUCCAGGAGUGCGUGCGUCACUACCUGUCCGACUGGGUGUACGCGGUGCGUCGGUAUGCGGAGUUCAGCAGCGCCGGCGUGCAGCAGCGCCCAGCGGCGCCGGCCACCGUCGGCGAGCCGCACCAGUACGAGCUGGACGGCCCGGUGGAGUUCUCUCUGGCCGGCGGCACCAGCCAGACGCCGUCGGGCUCGGCGCGCACCAGCUGGCUGAUGGCUGACACGCCGCGAGGCAGCUGGGCCUCGUCCCACUUCGACCUGAAAAACUCGCUGGCGGAUGCGGCGCUGCCCUCGCUGCUGGACCGUGUGCCGGCCGAGACACUGGACAGACUGAACCAAGCGCACCGACAGCAGGCCAGACAGAGCUCGUUGUUCGCGCUGUGCUCGCCUCAGGAGGAGGACAUGAUCGAGCGCCGGCCGCCGCCCCCUCUGCCCGCCGAGCACCGGGGCCAGCGCAUCAUGGUCAAGUGCCUACAGCUCAGAUUGGAGGUCUCCAUCGAGCCAAUAUUCGCCUCGAUGGCACUAUAUGACGCUGGUCGGAAGAAGAAGAUAUCGGAGAACUUUUACUUUGACAUGAAUUCGGAGCAGAUAAAGAACAUGUUGCGUGCCCACGUGCCGUACGUCGACUUCAGCACGCUGAGCAAGAGCUGCAUCUUUGACAUCACGUACCCGUCCUCGGACAUUUUCCUCGUCAUCAAGCUGGAGAAGGUGCUGCAAGGUGACAUUGGGGAGUGCUCUGAACUGUACGUCAAAGACGAUAAGAGUCGCGACAAGGCCGAGAAGGCGCACGCGCAGGCGACCGUGUUCUGUGAGCGGCUCGGCCGCUACAGGAUGCCGUUCGCGUGGACAGCCAUCUACCUGAUGAACAUUCUGGACGGCAUCAGCAGCCUGGAGCGGGAGGCCGGUGACCGCGAUGUCCCUGCCGCACAGACCAACAGUCUCGAGCGCAAAUCAUCCCAGUCGAGUCUGGACCAGUUCCGUCGGUCUCGCCCGGGCGCCGGCGAGGGGGGCUCCGGACCCGGCUCCGGACCCGGCUCCGGCCUGGGCCGACGCGGCUCUCUGGAGCGGCGCAGCUUCAGCGAGCGGCGCGGCGCAUCGUCGGCUCAGCUGGCUCAGAGUCUGCAGACAUUUCGGCCGGUCACACUCACCGUGUCCACCUUCUUCCGACAGGAAAGCGACCGUUUGAAGGAGGAAGACUUGUUUAAACACCUGCAAGACCUGAAGCGGCCCAGCAACGCCAUGAAAAAACUGAAAUGUAUCGGCGGGACGCUGAAGCUGGACAUUGCGCCAUGUCCGGACGAGGUCAAGCACUGUCUGACACCAGAGCUGGCCAAACUGCGACCGUACCCGGAUGACAAGGCGCGGCCCUGCAAAGAACUGCUCGAGUUCCCCCCUGAGGAAGUGUACGAGCCGCACUACUUGUACAGAAACCUCUUGUUCGUCUCGCCCAAGACGGUCAACUUUGUCAACUAUCCCAACAAGCCUGGCAUUUCGGCCCGCAACAUCACUGUGCGCGUCCAGUUUCUGAACGGCGAGGGCAAGGAGUCGGCGCUGCCGGUCAUCUUUGGCCGCUCCUCGAUGCCGGAGCUCGUCAGUGAGGCCUACACCGCCAUCAGCUACCACUCAAAGAACCCAGACUUUUACGAUGAGAUCAAGAUCAAACUGCCGGCUACGCUGACUGAUGCUCACCACCUGUUGUUCACUUUCUUUCACGUGAGCUGUCAGCAGCGCAAGGCGGAGCCCAGCAGCGCGUCCACGCCAAUCGGCUACACGUGGUUGCCGGUGCUUCGCGAGGGCCGUCUAAAUACCACAGAGGCCUGUUUGCCCGUGCUGCUGGAGCCACCGCCCUCCAAUUACCCGUACAUCACGCCCGACAUCAACCUUCCUGGCGUCAAGUGGGUGGACAACCACCGGCCGCUGUUCAGCGUCUCAGUAACGGCGCACAGCUCGGUGCACGCGCAGGAUAAGAACAUCGACAGUUUCCUGGGCAUGUGUCGAAUUGUGGAAAGCGGUGUGGUGCCAACGCGAAUAGGAGAUAGCAACGUCGAAACAGAGCUCCGACGCAGCAUCGAGCAGCUGUGUGACAGCGACCCGGAGCGGCUGGUGCAGAUGGUGCCGCUGCUGCUGGACCGGCUGCUGCAGCUGCUGGUGCGGCCGCCGAUGGUCGCUGGUCAACUCAUCAACACUGGCCAGCCGUGCUUCCACGCCAUCGGACAGCUGGUCAAACGGGUGUCGGAGCUGCUCGAGGGCCGGAACGACCAGCACGGCCGCAACAGCCUGCUGAUGACGUACGUGCACUACCAGUGCGGUCUGUCGCCGGCGGGCGCCGAGCCUCCGCCGCCGACCGUCGCCGGCCACACCGCCCGCGCCUCGUCACUGCCGCGCGCGCGCGCCUUCAACAGGAGCACCAGCAACCCCAACAUGGCUGGCCCGCUGGACGCCGACUCGGAGGUGGGCCAUAUCCUGGGCCGAGCGCUGGACCGGACGGCCAGCCUGCGCACAGGGGUCAGCCAGGAGCUGCUCGUCGCUUGUCGCCCGGCCGCCACCGCCCGAAAGGUGGUGCACGAGGAGCUGGCACUGCAGUGGGUGGUGGCUAGCGGCAAUUCGCGCCAGCUGGCGCACGCCAACCCCUGGUUUUUCUUCGAGCUGAUGUUCAAGUCUAUGGUGUGCACACUGGCGUCGGGAGGCCGACUGGACUCGCCGCGCCGGCUGCGCUUCUCCGAGCGGUUCUGUGACGACAUCACCACACUGGUGGACAACAUCACCAAGGAUGUGGUGGCGACACAGGCGCGCCACGCCGCUGAGGCGGCCCCGGACGUGAGCCGGUUGAACGCAGCGCUGGCGUUCUUCAUCAAUGACCUGCUGUCGGUGAUGGACCGUAGUUUUGUCCUGGGACUGGUGCGCCUCUAUUGCCGUGAGAUGGCGUCUCAGCGCACCACUACCAGCGGCGCCCAGCUCAUCUAUCUGAAGCUGGACUUUCUGCGUAUCGUGUGCUCGCACGAGCACUACUUUUCGCUGAAUCUGCCGUUUUGUACGCCGCUGAGCGGUGCUCUGGUGGCGGCGUCUCCGACACCGUCGGUGGGCUCGGCCAGCUCGCAGUCCUCCUACCUAUCCACGCUGGUGGCUAACGAGCGGCCGCGCUUCGGCGAGCUGAGCGUCCACUUCCUUCAGCAGCACUACCUGGCCGGCCUGGUGCUGCAGGAGCUGCGGGCCACGCUGCCACCCAGUGGACGGACCGGCGGCGGCGGCAGCGGCCCAGGCACGCAGCGGCGCGCUGUCGCUCUGGUGCGCAGUCUGCUGGCCUGGCACGACGCCGACCCGCGCUUCCAGGAGCAGUGUGCGCGCGCACGCGUGGCACUCCUCUAUCUGCCCCUGGUGCCGAUCGUGCUGGACAGUCUGGAUCAGAUGUUUGGAUGGGGUGCAGCAGAUUUGUCAGCUGCCGGUUAUUCGACCAGGGACGAUGGCCCGCUCGGCUCGCCGCCGCACGACACGGCAGAGGCGCAGGCGCGGUCAGCGAACGUGCGGCCAGACACCAGUCGCGACCUGCUGCUCUGCACACUCUGGGUGCUGAAGAAUGCUCGCGCCGAUGUGCUGCGCGCCACCUGGGCCGAGUACCGACCGGCGCGACUGCAUCAGCUGCUGCGCCUGCUGCACAACGCACUCUCCUGCUUCGAGUAUAAGGGUGGCCGCCAGCCGCCGCUGGCCUCCCAGGCGACGGGGCGCGGGCCCACGCGCGCCGUCGAGGCCAAGUCGAGGCUGGAGGACAUGCUGCUGGGCGGCGGCUCGGCACGCAGCGAGCUGAUCCGGCGCCGGUCUCAGCACCAGCAGCCGGCCGCUACGCCGGACCGUCUGCGCUGGCGCAAGGAGCAGACGGCGCCCCAGUGGCGGCAGGAGGAGCGCGCCGACGGCGUCGCCGAGCCGGCCGAGCCGGCCGCCGAGCGCUGUCUCUCGGCAGAGGCCAGCAUGGUGGUGUUGGACGCCCUGGAGACGCUCAUACAGGUGCUCUCCAGCCAGGACAGCCUGCACGGCCUGCUUGGCAUGGCGUUCCGCGUGCUGCUGCACGCUCUCUCCUGCAACCAGAGCACCGCCGUCAUCGCCAAUAUGCUGGCCACCCAGCGCUCCCUAGUCACAAAGUACCCGUCUCUGCUGUUUGAUGAGGAGACGGAGCACUGCGCCGACCUGUGCCUGCGACUACUGGAGCACUGCAGCAGCACCUUCUCCAGUACGCGCAGCCAAGCUUCCGCCUCGCUCUACCUGCUCAUGAGGCAAAACUUUGAGAUUGGCAAUAACUUUGCCCGUGUCAAGAUGCAGGUGACCAUGUCGCUCAGCUCGCUGGUCGGCACCAGUCACAACUUCAGCGAGGGCUUCCUGCGCCGCUCUCUGAAAACCAUCCUCGAGUACGCCGAGAGCGACCUCGAGCUGGCCGAGACUACCUUCCCCGGACAGGUGUCGGACCUGGUGUUCAACCUGCACAUGAUCCUCUCAGACACAGUAAAAAUGAAGGAGUUCCAAGAGGAUCACGAGAUGCUGCUUGACCUGAUGUAUCGCAUCGCCAAGGGCUACCAGAACUCGCCGGACCUGCGGCUCACCUGGCUCGACAACAUGGCCAAGAAACACACAGAGCGCGGCCAGUUGGCCGAGGCCGGUAUGUGCUACGUGCAUAGCGCUGCGCUUGUCGCCGAGUACCUGAGUAUGCUGGAGCCGAAAGCGUACCUGCCGCUCGGAGCGGCUGCCUUCGAGGACAUCUCGCCUAACGUGCUGGAGGAGAGUGCAGUGUCGGACGAUGUGGUUAGUCCGGAAGAGGAGGGGAUUUGCACCGGGAAGAGUUUCACCGAGCCAGGCCUUGUCUCGCUUUUGGAGCAGGCCGUCCACGCCUUCGACAGCGCCUCCAUGCACGAGGCCGUCAACGACAUCUACAAGCUUCUCACUCCCAUCUACGAGAACUCGCGCGACUACCGCAAACUGGGCCUCAUCCACGGGAAGCUGCAGGACAGUUUUAACAAGAUGAGCUCAGUGGACGGCAAGAGGAUGUUCUGGUCGCACUUCCGUGUCGGCUUCUACGGGCUCAAGUUUGGCGACCUGGACGGUCAGGAGUUUGUCUACAAAGAGCCGGCGCUCACCAAGCUGGCGGAAAUCUCCAGCCGACUAGAGAGUUUCUACGCGGAGCGGUUCGGUGUCGACAGCGUGCACACCAUCAAAGGCUCCAGCCGGGUGGAGUCGGCACAGCUCGACCCAGAGGCUGCCUACAUACAGAUCACAUACGUCGAGCCCUACUUCGACGCAUGGGAGCGGCGCACUCGGCUCACCGCCUUCGAGCGAAACUUCAACAUCAAGACGUUCAUGUUCGCCACGCCGUACACGCUGGACGGCCGGGCGCACGGCGAGCUCAGUCAACAGUACAAACGCAAAACCAUCAUCACCGUGGCCAACAGCUUCCCAUACGUGAAGACGCGCGUGCCCAUCUUGUCGCGCCGCGAGGUGGUCCUCACUCCGAUCGAAGUGGCCAUCGAGGACAUCCGUAAGAAGACGGCUGAACUGUGUGCUGCCGUGCACCAAGAACCACCAGACACCAAAAUUCUUCAGAUGGUGCUUCAGGGCUGCAUCGGCACCACGGUGAACCAGGGCCCCAUGGAAGUGGCUCACGUGUUCCUGUCGGAGCUUUUUCUCGGUCAGCAACUCACUGAUCUGCAGAACAAGCUCAAAAUCUGCUUCAAGGAUUUCUCAAAAAAGUGCCUGGACGCGCUGAAAAAGAACCGCACACUGAUCAAGCCUGACCAGAGCGAAUACCAGAAGGAGCUGGAGAAAAACUACCAGCGCUUCACCGACAGGCUCAAGCCGCUGUUUUCCGGGCGGCAGUCGCAGGCGCUGACGCUGUCCAAGAGCCGCUCUCGGGAACUGGUGCCAGCGCAACAUCUGAAAACCAGCCCGUUCGUGUAGCGUCGUCGGACGGCGAUGCAGGAGCGCUGCGCUCGUGGCCGCCCCAUCCACCCAUAUAUCUACUGUUCGUCGACCGCCCGAUGUACCGAUCAUACUCCUAAUGCAGUUUGAAAGCAAGGCCAGCGCGCGGUGACCAUUCUCGCCGCUGUACUGAGCAGCCGGACCGGUCCGCUGAUCCCGUGUCCUGGUGCACUUUUGCCUAGGACCACGGCACCAGUCGUGGCUAUAAAAAUGCUCUGUGCUGUCUGCUGCCGGCCGCUUAUCUCUUGAUUGUCUUGUCUUGGAUGUUUUCAUAUGUAGAAAGAUAAUUCCAUGUGAAACGUGCUUAAUUAUGAUUUUCCAUUACCGUAUUGUUUUUUUCCAUGCAGUUCUUUUGCGCUUGCAAAGACGGUGUAGAGUAAAAGGGUGUUGUAUUUCUCUCCAACCGGCUUUGGGUGAGGUACAACGCCGACAUUGCAACGUGCACUGCUAAAAAACACAUCAUUCAUGAAAACAAUACAUAAGACAUGGAGGCGGCGGGGAGGCGGACGGGAAGCGCUUCCGUCGCGUGCCGACACAGAGCGAAGAAUGACCCCGCGUCAGGGCGGGUCAGCUGGUGCGCGCACGCACAGAUCACACUACGUGGCGAGCGCUCAUUCGCCGCAUGGAAAGGUCGUUAAGCUGCGCUGAAACGCUGCAUUUUUUCUCGUCAUCGAUCACGACCUCAUAUGGUUGGACUUUCAACCGCAGUGGUGUUUUGUUUUCUGACUUCAUGACUGUUUUCUGCCUAACAUUUUUGGUAAUCGUUGAGUGUGGAGCGGCGGAGCUGUGAUGUGCUGUUGGCGCGUCGGCCGCAGUGUCGGCUGUUAGGCGCGGCGGUCGGGUGGCGACCGGUACUGCGUGUGGCUGCGGCAGGGAUGCUCGCUGCGGCGCGCUCCUGGUCCGGCUAUGAGCUGCCAGUGAAACCCCCGCCGAACCAUAUUUCGCUGCAUUUCCUUAACACUUUGUGUGUACAUGCCUAGGUGAUGCGCUUGGCGGCCGCAGUCUCCCGUCUAUUCUAUCGUCCUCGAGCCAUGCCAGUGCGCCCCAAAGUCAGAGUGGUCUGCUGCCUUUCUCCUGCCACUUCGCCACAAUAUACUACAACAAACGGUUGU